AUGGACUGUACGAGGUCAUUGUCGAGCCUACGGGGAAGAGUUGACGAGCGUCACCGAGAACAAUACAAGGGAAAUGUUAGCUGGACAGCACCUGUCUUCUGGGGUACUGAGUUCGGCGCCUGUCUUGUGGGGUACUGUGUUCAACUCGAGUUCAUCGACCGCUCAGUUCGCUCUGCAGUGACUAUAAACUCAAACGCAUGGACAAAUGCGGGUCAUGCUGUAAACCAAGUGUACGACCUUCUUUACAUGAUGGGACGGGAUGAUGUUGCCGUAGGUGUUGGAGGUGAAGGCAGUAUACUUGAAGAUGGUACCAUUUUGCCAAAUGUUGGCGGCUACCUUCCGAUAAUCGAGCAGCAGGGCAAUGGUACAGCAGGAUAUUGCAGAUAUAGACAAGCUAUUCCUGUAGGAUUUGGAGGACGAUUAGACAUCGACACGAAUUAUGGCUUCCGGAGAAGUUUUCUUCCUCAGGGAAACAGGGGAUACUCACCUGCACGUCAGCCAACAGCUCAGCAAGUGAUGGUAGACAAAAUAACCGCAGGUCCCAUCACGGUAUUUAUCAUAGGGGCAAGUACGAAUUUCGCGAUUUUUCUAAUGACCAAUCCCGAGUUGAAGAAAAACAUCAAGCACAUUUACAUCAUGGGUGGUGGUGUGAGAUCCAAAAACCCCACGGGUUGCUGUCCAAAGAACUCGAGAUCAUUUUGCCAGCCUCGGCAAUGUGGGGACAGGGGCAAUCUAUUCACUGACUACACUUCAAAUCCUUAUGCUGAGUUCAACAUGUUUGGAGACCCUUUUGCUGCUUAUCAAAAGAAUCAGCGCACAUACGAGGCGCAAUACUGCUUCAGGUCCUUGAAAAUCGCUCGAGAUACGUGGUUCGAUGAUCAGUUUUUCAUGAGUUACUUCAUGUGGGACUCAUUUUUAUCUGGGGUCGCCACUUCGAUCAUGCUAAAGGAAAACAAUUCAAAUGGGGAGAACGAAUUUGCCGAGAUGGAGCACAUGAAUAUCACAGUUGUUACUUCAAACGAGCCGUAUGGGAUAUCUGAUGGCUCAAAUCCGUUCUUUGAUGGCCUUAAGAAACCAAAGUUCAACUUGAAGAAAAAUGGUGUCCAUAGUGGCCACGUGUAUGCUAGACUUAGAGAUCCCUUUUGUAUCACCAAGAAUGGGAAGGGCAGGUGCAAGGAUGGAUAUACACAAGAAGUAACUGGUCGAGAAGGGGUGCAUGUUCUUGUUGCGGUCAAAGCAAAGCCUAACCGUGAGAAGAGCAGUUCAUUAAACAGAGAGUUCUUCAGAAGCUUUCUUGAUGUUCUAAACCGCGAAAAGCAAACAGGAAAGUUCAAUUUUACGACACAAUUUCCUCAUUACCAUGAAGUCAUCUACAAGCCCGAUUUUAGUGGAAGACGGCUUGGAAAGAGUGUCGUUUUUGAUAUGGAUAUGAGUGCGGGGGAUUUUUUAGCCCUCCUUUAUCUCCUCAAAGUACCUGUCGAAUUAGUAAAUCUUAAGUCUAAUCCUAAUUUUCCUCCUACUGGUGACUGCAAGUACAAUAAGGCCAUCCCACAUGGCGCGGGUGGAUUUCUCGACUCGGACACAUUGUAUGGGCUCGCACGUGAUUUGCCUCGAAGCCCUCGGAGAUACACAGCAGAGAACUCUAUGAAAUUUGGAGCUCCUCGAGACACUGAUCAUCCAGAACUCAGACAGCCUCUGGCUCUUGAAGUAUGGCAAUCGGUUAUAAAAUCGCUCGACUCAGGAUCAGGCAUUACUAUCUUGACAAAUGGGCCAUUGACAACUGUUGCGCAAAUUAUUCUUUCGGAUAAAAAAUUAUCAUCUAUUCAGGAUAUUAUUGUAGUUGGAGGACAUAUUGGCAAGCAGAAAAAGGAUAAAGGCAAUGCAAUUAAUAUUCCUACGAACAGAUAUGCGGAGCUCAACAUGUUUCUUGAUCCUUUGGCUGCAAAGACAGUUUUCAGUUCAGGCCACAAUGUUACCUUAAUCCCACUGAAUGUUCAACGUAAAGUCUGUGGAUUCCGUAAAGCCUUAGCGAGUCUUUACCGUGUGAACAAAACACCAGAAGCUUUAUUCGCCAGGCGUUUGCUGUCAACGUUGCAUCAAUUAAAAGAGGCUCACCGUAGCUAUCAGCAUAUGGAUAUCUUUUUGGGAGAGAUUCUCGGUGCAGUGAUCGUAGGUGGUGGUAACGCAUUACUAAAUACAAGCUACGCACUGAAGAAUAUUGAGGUCUUAGCAACAGUUAAAGCUUUGCAACGCUUCGAGACUAAGAAGACGAAAGGCGGUGAAAAUUCUGCCAAGCCAGUCGUUCCCUCAGCGAGAGCCGACGACGGAUCUGGCUCUAGAGUGAAAAAGGCGGUGGUCGAGGCGACCGUCGCUAUAAAAUCGAAAAUGGUCAUCCCCUCCUCACUGCCGCAGAAGAACCUGGGUUCUAGGACCAAGAAAAGGGGACCAGACAAAGUCGACCCCAAGCAGAGGGCCGACUCGUCCAAGCGCCUCAAGAGUCAAGACAAGGGGAAAGCGGCCGAAGCUCCCCGCGGGGAUGCCGAACUUGGUGAGAAAUCAACUGCUGAUUUUCAGCAGAACUAG